AUGUAUUUUCGCUGGACGCCUCUUUCAUUGCUUCCUUUAACCUUAGGAAUCGCUUCUUUGGGUAAUGCGCCUGGAGUUGAAGCCAAGGACCAAGUCUGCACUGUCAGGGCACUUGGAAAUCGAACAGACGACGUGCCAAACCUCUUGCAAGCAUUCCAUCGGUGUAGCAGCGGAGGCACGAUUGUCUUUCCGGAAGACCAGUCAUACUGGAUCGCGUCGAGAUUGAAUCCGGUGCUGCACGACGUGACGAUUGAAUGGCGAGGGAAAUGGACGUUCUCGGACGACCUCAAUUACUGGCGCAAUCACUCUUACCCCGUCGCGUUCCAGAACCACCGUGCGGGCUUUGUCAUUAGCGGACGCAAAAUCUCCAUCGAUGGCUACGGCACGGGAGGCAUCGAUGGCAAUGGAAACGUCUGGUAUACAGCCGAAGCAGGCGACACGCAACCAGGUCGGCCAAUGCCUUUUGUGUUCUGGAAUGCCUCCGAGGUCAAUGUCGAGAAUUUCUAUGUCAAAGACCCGCAGCUAUGGGCGCUGAAUAUUAUGAACGGGACUAACAUGCGCUUCAACAACAUCUACUGCAACGCCACUGCGGUGAACGCUCCAUGGGGCGAGAACUGGGUCCAGAAUACCGAUGGUUUUGAUACAAUGGAUGCCCAUAACAUCCAGCUUACGAACUUUGUGUACCAGGGCGGAGAUGAUUGUAUCGCAAUUAAGCCCCGGUCCUAUGACAUUGACAUCCAGAAUGUGACAUGUCGUGGAGGGAACGGCAUCGCGAUUGGCAGUCUGGGUCAGUAUCUAGAAGACUCCAGCGUGGAAAAUGUGCGAAUCGACCGUGUCAAGAUCAUCCGGUAUAACGAAGACAUGCACAACAGCGCUUACAUCAAAACCUGGAUCGGUAAGCGGGUUCCUCAAGACGACUACGAAAGCGGAGGCGUUCCUCGUGGCGGUGGUUGGGGACAGGUUAAGAACAUUCUGCUCUCCAAUUUCGAGAUCCAAGGAGCCGACGCGGGCCCCUCGAUCAACCAGGACAGUGGAGAUAACGGCUCGUUCUCUGGAUCGAGUCUUAUGACGGUUUCCAAUAUUGCAUUCACCAACUUUACCGGGUACAUCCAAGACGACGACCCAGUGACGUCGACCGUCUCGUGUUCAAAGAAAAAUCCUUGCCACGGUAUCACAUUCGACGAUGUCGUUCUUUAUCCAGGUCAGAAUGGAACCAGACCGGGCAUCGGCUCUUGCCAAUACACUGCGAAAAGCGGCGUGCAGGGUCUGGAGGGGUGUUGAAAAUCAUAUGUGAUGGACAUCAUUUCCUGGAUAGAUAGACAAUUCUUGUAGGUCAGUUACUAUGCAGUAAAGGCUACUAGUAGUAGCUUGAGCAUCAGCCGGGACGGGAAGUCCUGUCGACGUCUAUGGCACCUGCUAAAUAUUUAGCUCCAAUUGUCAUCCGAAGGGCGCGUAGACUUUGCCACAUCGGCAAG